AUGCGUUUCUCAUCUACCGUCCUCUCGGCCAUCAUGGUCAGCUCUGCCUUUGCUGCCCCAGUUGCAGUUCGUGAUGUUGUCGGAGGAACUGUUGGCGGAACUACUGGCACUGCUAACGGAGUAGUCCACAACGUUGCUGGAGGAACUGUCGAUGGGGCAACCCAGGGACAGGUCAAGCGCGACACCGGUGUUAACUCGAUCAUCGGAGGCGCCACCGAAAACACUCUCGGAAGAGCCGGUAGCAUUACCGGCCCUAACGUCGGCGGUGAGGCUAUCGGUCUUGCCGGAAAGUUGACCCAGGGCGCAAACAAGCGUCAGGUUGGCGUUGACGGUCUCACUGGCACUGCCACUGGCCUCGUCCAGGGUGCUACUGGAAACCUGCUCGGUGGUGCUACCAACGGUCUUGCCGGACGUCAGAUCGAGGCCAUCAAGAACGUCGCUGCUGCCAACAACCUCGGUGCUGCCGACAACGUCGAUGCCGCUAAGCGCGACAUCGAGGCCGUCAAGAACGUCGCCGCUGCCAACGACCUCGGCGCCGCCAAACAAUUGGGUGUCCUCAAGCGUCAGAUCGAGGCCAUCAAGAACGUCGCUGCCGCCAACGGUGCCGAUGCUGCCAACCACGUCGAUGCCGUUAAGCGUGAUAUCGAGGCCGUCAAGAACGUCGCCGCUGCCAACAACCUCGGUGCUGCUAAAGAAUUGGGUGUCCUCAAGCGUGAUAUCGAAGCCGUCAAGAACGUCGCUGCUGCCAACAACCUCGGUGCUGCUAAGGAACUAGGUGUCCUCAAGCGCGAUAUCGAGGCCGUCAAGAACGUCGCUGCUGCCAACGGUGCCGAUGCUGUCAACAACUUGGAUGCCGUUAAGCGUCAACUCAGUGUUGAGGGUAUUACUGGAACUGCCACUGGUGUCGUUCAGGGCGCUACUGGAAACCUCCUCGGCGGUGCUACCAACGGUCUUGCCGGACGUCAGAUCGAGGCCAUCAAGAACGUCGCUGCUGCCAACGGUGCCGGUGCUGCCAACGGUUUGGAUGCCGCUAAGCGCCAGCUCGGUGUUGAGGGUAUCACUGGAACUGCCACUGGUGUCGUUCAGGGCGCUACUGGAAACCUCCUCGGUGGUGCUACCAACGGUCUUGCCGGACGUCAAAUCGAGGCCAUCAAGAACGUCGAUGCCGCUAACAACCUCGAUGCUGCCAACUCUGUUGGUGCUGCCGAGAGACUCGUCGGUAACACUAUCGGUCAAUAA